CUCCCUUCACCCGGAGGACUUUGAACCCGUGCGCAGUCCGAGCCAUGCACAGGGGACCUCGCAUACCGAGCAGACCUUAUCCGAGGCGCCGGUCCCCUUUACUCAAAUGUCCAAGACGGACAAGAAAGAACGGAUUGCCAGUGCCCUGGAAAUACUGGUUACCCAAACCGACCGAGAUCAUAUCAACGCGGUGAAUGGGAGAAACGAAUCGAGCGAACUCUUUCGCUCCUGGAUGGACUUUUCCAUCCGGAUGACCAAAGUAGCCGAGGACCGGCUCACACUGGUGCAGGAGGUUCAGAGCCUGAAGGAGGCGGCUCGGAAGCACUUCGAUGAGUGUUAUCAGGCCAAGGAGGCUAAGCGUCUGGCCGAGCUCCGCUUGGAGGAGGCCAACAAAAGAUUGAGAAGGGCGAGGCGACCUGGAAGCAGGAGAGGGAAGACUGGCAGGUCGAAAGGACCAACCUUUCUCUUGCCAAAGAAAACGCUGAGUCCGCCAAAGUUACGGCCGAGACCAAGCAAGCUCAGGCCGAGAAGGAUUUGGAAGAGGUCCGGCUCAAACUCUCCGCGGCCGAGGCUCAAUUGAAGGAAGCCCAAGCGGCCGUUUCUCGUUCCCAAGCGGAAUGGUUCAACGCCUGGCAGAAGUCGGACGACUGUACCGAUUUCUGCGCCGACGUGGGCCAAUCUUCCCAUAAGAUGGGCGAGGACGAGGCGCUUGCUAGGCUUAAGGUCCUUUGGCUGAUUCCUGUCCCGAGGCCGACUGGAAUUCAGUCUGGUCUCGCUACCAGGAGUUGUCCGAGCCGACGCAGCUGAGAUUAAGGCCAAGAUGGCUGAAGAGAUGAGCUCGGACAGCGACUCUGAUGAUGAAGAAGAAGAUGCUGGUAGCACCGAGCCACCUCCACCAGAGCAACCUGCCGCUGAGCAACCUGCCACCGGUCCUUCUACUUAGCUUCCUUAGGAUUUUGCUUUCUUAGCUUUGGCCUUGUCGGCCCU